UGCGCGCGAAUAAAAUCAGACGACAUAUCGAUCAGAAGACUUUCCACUGUAGGAUAGCACGGGAAAAAGACCAGUGUUGGAAUGUGGGAGUUAUACAUGGCUACGUUUCCCACACCUGAGUAAAGGAGUUUCUUCUAGAUUUUUAACUCAUCCCUACAAUCCCAGUUUCAGCACCUGUCAAUCAUUCCAUUCUAGAAACAUGGCAAGGUAAAAGACACCCUAUAAGGACCUCUUGAUUUUGUUGGAAGUUUCUUCACGGACUAUAGUUUGUUUCAACCAGCGAUUGUAGUGAGGAUUAUUAACAGAUAGGGGCAAUAAUAUCACAGAUUACUACAAUCGAUUUUCAGGAAGACUUCAAGAAAUGCGAUAUAAACUCACUGGUAAACGUAAGGACAAAAUCUAUUGGAAGGCGUAAGAGAGAAAAAAGACACGGGAGCAAUCACUGCCAUCGAUGUUAACCCUUAAAGCGAUCAAAGAUCUUUUAAAAUUUUCAAGAUCUUCAACUCAAGAAUAUGGGAACACGAAAAAAGAAGACCAUGUCACAGUCAGCACUUAUCCUUAUCGAAUUGCUAAGUCUACUAACGUCACGUUCUACUCUCGUCUCAGCUGUCUCAGCAGACUGUAAAUGCAUCAUGUUCGACAGCACUUACAACAAGGACUACGGAGUUUUUACUUCACCUAAUUGGCCUGUUCCUUAUGAAGACAACAUCAACUGCCUACUCUACACUUUCGUCGCGAGAGAAAAUUACCUUAUAAAAGUGAUUUUUGAAGAAUUUGAUUUAGGUCGAUCAAAUUUAGGGUGUAAGUUUGGAGAUUAUGUUAAAUUAUAUCUACACUUGAAAGAGCCUUUAAUAAAUCAAAACACCAGCUACAAUACCUUUCUCUGUGGUAAACUGUCAGAUAUUCAACAGACCCACUACUCUUCUGGAAAUACUCUCAUCUUCGAGUUCCACUCAGACUGGAGACAAGAAAACAAUACAGGGUUUCGAGGGACUUUCCGUUUUCUUAAUAAAA